CUGUGAUUCAAGGCUCGUGCAUACCGGGGCCGCCUUCUGACCUGCAUCAAGUGUUUGUUUCACUUUAGCAGCCUUGGCGUGAAUACAUGUCUACACUCGAGCUCCACCAUGAACGCGAAUGCCAGCAGGCGGAAUGGGAAGCCGGCGUCGUGCGAGCCAUGCAGGUUGAAUAAAACCAAGUGUGACCACACAUAUCCGAAGUGUGACCGUUGUCGUCAAAGAGGCAUCGAAGAUCGCUGCUUCUAUCACCCAGCACCGCUCACCAAGCCCCGCAAUGAACAUCCGGAUGAGCCACAGACUGAGGCACAGUCAGGUGAAUCUCGUCCACUGAAGCGAAAACGCCUCUCAACACAAAAACUGUCCGGUUCAGGCCGAGAUGGAGCAUUUUCACCUACAACGCCAGUCGAGGAGAAGCUAGCCGAUGCUGUUGCGGCUGAUACCUACAGUCCUGGAUACCUUGGGCCUGGCUCUUAUGCGUUGCUUCUUCCUCAAGAUGACGGGACCGAAGCGCCUCCGAGACGCGAAUCCUCUGCAGCAUCAGAGAGUCCGGAGUAUGAGAUGACCCAUCAGUACUUUCUCAACAAGGCCAUGAGACGUGAACUGGCUACCAGUAUCCUAAGUGCAUUCCGCCACUAUGCAGCAAUUCAGGAGUUGAUUUUAUGGUACAACGCCAGCAAUGAAGCUGGUGUGAUCCCCGCGCAACUUCAGAUUGAUGCCAUCAACGCGAUUGGCCCUUGGGUUGAGAAGCACAAUCUUCGACGGUCGCCUCCGAAGCCCCAGCUGGUAGAUCAGAUCCUAGAGAACACAAGCAAGCCAUUAUGUGUCACCCAUAUUACCAACCCACGCGAUCUGCACAAAGCAUGCUCUGGAGAUAAUCUGCGUCUGGAGAUGGUUGGCUUUCUUCUAGCAACCGCUGGGAGAUCACUGGCCUUUGGGCUCUCACCGGACACCUUUAGUGGCCCUGGUAAUCGGGGAAUGAGGGCACGAUUCGUGGAUGAGUUGCUGAGUGCAAGCACGAAGUGCUUGACAAUAGCACCAUUAAUUGCUACAGUGAACGACAUCACUGUCUGGAUGUACUACGAAAACUAUCUAUUCACCAAUAUGGUAUGCGGAUACACUGGUCCGCCGUCGUGGAGACGCAUCAACCAUUUAGCCACCCAGAUCUACGCCCUAGGGAUGCACAAAGAGUCCGCAUCCAUCGACAUCCCAAUAUGGCUCACCGAAACCCGUCGAAGAAUCUUCUGCUCAUCCUACAACCAGGACAAAUCCAUAUCCACCUUCCUCGGCCGCCCAAUCCGCAUAAGCAAGCGCCACACCGACAUCAAACUCCCCUUGGACCUACGGGACGACGAAUUAACAGGUGACCCCACCGAGCUCAAAGCAGCGAUUCAACGCCUCGACGCCAACGGCUGGAACACAAAAGGCCAACACUUGCGCGCUUCCUGGAUCCGGCUGCGCCAUAUGGCCUCGCGCCUACGAGAGGAGAUUCUCGACUUUUCACUAUCCACGAUAGACGCAAAAGUCGAACGCGACCUCCUUGACAUCUCCGCACGCAUCCGCACAUCCUGGGACUCCAUCCCUUCACACAUGCGCUACUGGAAAACAUGCUGGGACGAAUCGUACCCGUCCUCUGUCUGCCUCAUGCUCGUAGUAAUCCACCUAACGCACUGGUACAACGAGUUCAUGGUCCAAAAACUGCUGGACUACACGCCUCUCACCUCCAACGCAGCGAUGCUGCGCGUCAGCGUCGAUAUACUCUCCAAUGUGCUCGCGCUAGGUGCUAUUCACGAUCGCACAUACGACGCGCACCGCGACUUGCUGAACUGCAUCUUACUCUUCGGUAUUCCGAGUGCGAGUGUAUUAGCCACCGCACUGCGCCAACAACAGCAAACGUCCCAACCCUUUCCGCCAGGUAUCUCGCGCGCAGAGAUAGUCCGCAUGCUCUCGGUCCUCAUAUCGCAUCUCGACGCGUCCGCACACCUCGAGAACAGCGGCGCCCGGGCGGGCGAAGCGAACUACAACUUAUGCCGGAAGGCGAGCAGGAUCUUUACGCGUGUGAUCGAUCAGGUGCUUGAUCCGAAGCAGAGCGAGGUCACGGCGACGAAUAGCGACGGGCUAGACUUGGGUAUUGAGGGCGAGAUGGGGUUGGAUUUGUUUGGGGUGCCGGGGCUGGAUGGGUUUGAGGGCAUGGAGUUUGCAGGGCUUGUGGGUGGGAAUGCGGUGGAGGGGAAUGGAACGAGUGCUGAUUGGGGGGUGUUGGGGCAGUGGACGCUGUAGCGAG